UUCUUGCUUCAAUUUUUUUGCUUCAAUUUUUACCCCUUGUCUUGCUUCAUAUUUUACUUUUUUGCUUCAACUUUUUGUUUUUGCUUCACUUUUAAUUUUGCUUCCACUUUUGCUUUUGCUUCCACUUUUGCUUCAUUCAUUUUAAAAAUACUUUUUGGGGAUCUUGAUCUUAUGGGUAGCCCUAUUUAUCCUCUUAUAUAAUUUUGACGAGGAAGGGAAGAUUUGCUUUUGAUGGACAAAGAAAGAAGCAAAUUUAGGGGGGGUGUUUAUUUGGGUAGUUAGUAGUGCUAACUAAAAAAGAGGGUCAUUCGUCAAAGAGAAUCCAAAGAGAGAAUCUCUUCUUCUUUUUUCUCGUAACUAGCUACUUUUUGAAGAUUGAAAAAAAAAAUUUUUUUUAGAAAAAAUUAAAAUGACUGCCCCAAUUUUUAUCCCUCCGCGGCGCUCUGAUGACCCAAAUAUUUUUUUUCGGUUGCGCAAAAGUUUUUUUUUAAUUUUUUCUUGUGGGGGGCAAUUGCCCUUAUUUUUCGUUUAUUAAAAAAUUAAAAUAAAAUGCUUUCAGAAAAAAAAACUGGUUGAAAAAUUCUGUGCUUUUCUCAUCUUUCAUUUUAUUUUUAUAUUUUUCUGUGUCAUCCCUUUUUGGUAGAAAAAAUUUAUUUUUAUAUAAUUUUUAUUUUUAGAGAAAAUUUUUAGUUGGAAGUUCUCUAAAACGUCAUCCAUUCCUCUCAGGUCCCUUCUCAGGUAACUCCUCAUACUUCCCUUACAACGUCCCUCUCUCACUUUUCCAGACCCCCUCAAGGUCCCAAGGAUGUUCCUGUCCCUCUUUGACAUUCCCUCCUAUGUAACUUCCCUAUUGGAAGCUCUCUAUAAAUCCAUUCCUCUCAUUUGUCAGUCACUCUCUCCUUACGUCCCCUCCAACUCUCUCCCUUCCCAAACCUUCUCAAUUAGGUCCCAUGGCUGUUUCUGAUCUUCUUCGGCAUUCCCUCCUAUAUCACUUCCUCUCCUAUACUCCCCCUUACGUCCCUUCCCAACACUAUCCUUUUCCAGAUCCUCUCAAUCCUGUCCCAAGGAUGUUACUGGCCGUUCUUCCAACGUCUCCUCUUCCAAGCCCCCUCAAGGUCCCAAGACUUUCUGGCCCUCUUCGGCAUUCUAUCCUAUGUCAUUUCCCAUCCUAUUAUAAGCUCUCUAUUACGUGUCCACACUUGGGACGCUUGGGGAGUUAACGUCCUUAAAGAGAGCUUUCAUUAUGAAAGAACCAUUAGUCAACCCGAUCCGGAGGAUGUUUUUGGUCUGCUUUGACGUCCAAACUCUUUCCGUCACUUCCUUCUUAUGUGGGCAAAAUUUCGACCCACCUUUUUUCCCUCUAUUUUUUAAAGGAGAGCAGUUGAGGAGUUUCAAUGCCAACAGGGAUACCUCGAGGAAAUGGGUGACUUACAUAUUAAACAAACUUUAAUACCUUUAAAAAAUAAUUUUUCUGAUAAAUUUAAAAGGUUGUGUGGGGGUUAUUUUAAAUGUUGUGUUGAUAGAGGGGGAUUUUUUUUGAUUAAAACACCUCAAGUAAAAAUGACUAGUAUUUUUUGUAUAGUCAUAUUUACUUGAAUCAUUUAAUUUUUUUAAAAUUUCAAAAUUUAUUUAAACAGCUGCAGAAACCUUUUAUUUUAUUUAUUUUUUUAGUUUGUUUUAAGGUUUGUACUCUCUCCCCAACAUUACCCCUCCUUUUUUUUAUUUUUUCCAACACCAAUCAUCAUCAUAAUAUUAUGCCCCCUUUUAAAAUUGGAAAAAUUUAGAAGAAAAAAAUUUUUGAGAAAAAUCCAGUUCUCUAAAAAAAUUUUUAUUUUUUUAUUUUAUGUUUGCCAUUUUUCAUUAUUCUUCCUUUAAUUUUUCUUUAAAUUUUUUAGAAUUUUUUUAAAUUUACUUGCAACCUAUUUAUUUUUUAAUUUAGCAAAAAUUGUUGGGAGGGUGAAGGUUUAAUGCCUGUUUUUUUUUCAAAUAAUUUUUUUAAAAAUUCCUAAAAAAUUUUUUUGAAAGAUUUCUUUCAUCUUCAGUAUCCUUAUUUCCGAUAUUUCGAAAGAUUUUUCUAUUUUGGGCUUUUUGAAAAAAUUUGAAAAAAUUUUCACGUAUGGACGUUUUGGAAGAUUUUUAGGUUAUUGGGCAUUUUGACGUUUUUUCUUUUUUUUUUAAUUUCUGAUGGGUAUUUUGAAAUAUUUUUUGAGAGGUUUAUACAUUUUGAAAUAUUUUUGUCUUUUAGAUAUUUUGAAAAAAAAUUUU